AUGACUGGAGUUUUGUUGUUUUUGUUGGCUGUGCUUGUAGUUUUCAUCUUCAAAUGGUCCACAUCAACAUUUGAUUUCUUUCGGAAACAAGGAAUUCCUUACAGAAAGCCAGUUCCAUUUUUUGGAACAUAUUUGAAUGUAUUUAUGAAGUUAAAACCUUUUAAUGAAAUUCUUCAUGAUUGGUUUUACGAAUUUGAGAAUGAAAAAAUCUCUGGACUUUUUGAGUUCCGUCGACCAAUUGUUCUCAUCAAAGAUCCUCAAAUUAUCAAGCAAUUGACUGUCAAAGAAUUUGAUCACUUUACGGAUCAUCGAGUUGUAAUUACCGAAAAUAUGGAUCCAUUAUUUGGGAAGGCAUUGCUUAAUCUAAGAGGUCAGAAAUGGAAAGAUAUGCGAUCUACAUUGUCUCCAGCAUUCACAGGCAGCAAGAUGCGUCAAAUGUUUGACUUCAUGAGUACAGUAGCAAUUCAAACUUCUGAGACUCUCAAAAAAGACAUUCAAAAUGGAAAGGAAAAUAUUCUUGAAUUUAAAGACUUUGCGUCAAAAUUCACUUGUGAUAACAUUGCAAGCUGUGCUUUUGGCAUUGAAGUUAAUUCCUUUAAGGAUCCAACAAAUGAUUUUUUCCAAAUUGCAAAGAAAAUUAUGAAUUUUGGCAAUAUUGCAACAGCACUUAAAAUGCUAGGAUAUUUUAUAUGUCCGACGCUAAUGAGUGGUUUGGGAAUAAAACUGCUUGACAAGAAAAGUUGUGACUUCUUUCAAAUUGCUCUCAUUGAAACGAUGAGAAACAGGGAAAGGCUAGGAAUUGUUCGCAAUGACAUGAUCAACUUGAUGCUUGAAGCCAAGAAAGGAAAGCUUGUCCACAAUAAUAAUGAAGAUUCAAGUGCUGAUGGAUUCGCUACAGUUGAAGAAUCUCAUGUUGGGAAAUCAAAAGUUAAUAGAAAAUGGGAAGAAUUGGAUUUAGCAGCUCAAUGCUUUAUAUUCUUUAUAGCUGGAUUCGACCCGGUUUCUCAAACAAUGAGUUUAAUGGCUUAUGAGCUUGCUUGCAAUCCAGACAUCCAACAGGGAUUAUACGAAGAAAUUCUCCAAACAAGGAAUGAGAUCGAUAAUCAGAAAAUCAACUAUGAACAGCUACAAUCAAUGAAGUAUCUUGAUCAGGUCGUAUCAGAAGUGCUAAGAAAAUGGCCAUCUGCAGCAAUGACUGAUCGUUUAUGCACAAAAGAUUUUGACUUAAAAUAUGACAACAAAGUGAUGAAAUUUGAGAAGGAUAUUAAUAUUUUUAUGGUGCCAAUAUGGAUGCUGCAUAGAAAUCCAAAAUAUUUCCCAAAUCCAGAGAAAUUUGAUCCUGAAAGAUUCAAUGAUGAGAAUAAGCACAAAAUUCAAGAUUUUACUUAUUUGCCAUUUGGUGCUGGUCCAAGAAACUGCAUUGGAAGCAGAUUUGCAUUGAUGGAAAUUAAAACGAUUUUCUAUUAUUUGCUAUUGAACUUCAGCAUUGAAGUCACCGAGAAGACAGAGAUUCCAUUAAGUUUUGAUAAAAUUCCAUUUCAAAUAAGACCAGCAAAAGGAAUUUGGGUUGAAUUAAAACCCAGAACUUAA